CUCUAUUCCUGUCAUCUUUCAGAAUCUCCUCUCACCCAUCAAAACCCACCUCUCAAAAUCCAAUAUUUCCCUCUCAUUCAAUGGCUUCUUGCAUGUCGGCCAGGUGCGAAAGCGACCGGUUGUUGAAGCCACUUACGGUUGCUACUAACCGAAGACUGACAAAGGGUGCUCGUUGUGGAAAAGUGAUGGCGAUAGCAGUGCAGCCUGCGAAGCAAGUGGAAGAGAAGAGAAGGACUGAUAUGAAGCAAAGGAGGGUCGUGGUGACGGGGAUGGGCGUCGUGACUCCAUUAGGCCAUGAACCUGAUCUCUUCUAUAAUAAUCUCCUUGAAGGCAUAAGUGGAAUCAGCGAGAUCGAAAAUUUUGAUUGUUCCUCUUAUUCCACAAGAAUUGCUGGGGAGAUUAAAUCUUUUUCGACAGAUGGAUUGGUGUCACCAAAGCUAUCCAAGAAAAUGGACAAAUUCAUGCUUUACAUGAUUGCCGCUGGCAAAAAGGCUCUGGCAAAUGCUGGAAUUACCGAAGAAAUCCUGAGCGAGCUAGACAAGACAAAAUGUGGUGUUAUCAUUGGAUCUUCCCUAGGUGGAAUGAAGGUCUUCAAUGAUGCAAUUGAAGCUUUGAGGGUCUCAUACAAGAAGGUGAACCCUUUUUGUAUUCCCUUUGCAACGAUAAAUAUGGGUCCUGCAUUACUUGCAAUGGAUCUGGGUUGGAUGGGUCCUAACUAUUCAAUUUCAACUGCUUGUGCCACUAGCAAUUACUGUAUCCUCAAUGCAGCUAACCAUAUCAUAAGGGGUGAAGCUGAUCUAAUGCUUUGUGGUGGCUCUGAUUCAGCAAUCAUACCUAUUGGGUUGGGAGGUUUUGUGGCAUGCCGAGCACUUUCACAAAGAAACGAUGAUCCAUCCAAAGCAUCUCGUCCGUGGGAUAGUGACCGUGAUGGAUUUGUUAUGGGAGAGGGUUCGGGCGUACUUCUGUUGGAAGAACUCGAACAUGCUAAGCAAAGACGAGCAAAUAUACAUGCAGAGUUUCUAGGGGGGAGUGUCACCUGUGAUGCUUACCAUAUGACAGAGCCACACCCUGAGGGCAUGGGCGUUGCUCUUUGCAUAGAGAAGGCACUAAUCGAAUCUGGAGUAUCUCGAGAGGAUGUUAACUAUGUAAAUGCUCAUGCAACUUCAACACCAGCGGGGGAUGUGAAAGAGUACCAUGCUCUCAUGAGUUGUUUUGGGCAAAACCCUGAGCUAAGGGUGAAUUCUACAAAAUCCAUGAUCGGUCAUCUACUAGCAGCUGCUGGAGCAGUGGAAGCUAUUGCUACAAUACAGGCAAUUCGAACUGGCUGGGUACAUCCUAACAUCAAUCUAGAAAACCCAGACAAAAAUGUGGAUGCGAAUGUUCUUGUUGGCUCGAAGAAGGAAAGAUUAGAUGUAAAAGUGGCUCUAUCGAACUCCUUUGGCUUCGGUGGACACAACUCAUCGAUUCUCUUUGCGCGAUACGAGCAAUAGUUGUAUACCAAUUGUACUUUAGGGUCUAGUUUCAAUCUAUUUUGUUAGUUUCCGCCAAAAUAUCGAGAAAUACUUUUGUAAUAUGCAAUCUUAAACAGCGAAAUGGUGGGUGGAUUAGUUUUUGUUGA